AUCUCCAUCCAUCAUCUUCGCCCUUUCAAUUCUGUCGCCAUUCAAAGUUGCAGACAUCUCUACAACUAAUCAUGGCCAUCAAACUCUACGGAGCCCCGGGUUCAACCGCAACCCUCCGAGUUCGUGCUUGCCUCGCCGAGAAGGACCUUGAUUAUGAGUUCGUUAAUGUUGACAUGGGCGCUAAAGAACACAAGAAGCCUGAAUUCCUUUCCCGUAACCCGUUUGGUCAAGUUCCGGCGUUUGAGGAUGGUGAUCUUAAACUGUUCGAAUCAAGGGCGAUUACGCAGUAUAUAGCACACGCSUACGCCGAUAAGGGGAACGAUUUGAUCAUCAAGGAUGUGAAGAAGAUGGCGAUACAGUCGGUGUGGAUGGAAGUGGAAUCUCAGAAAUAUGAACCGGCGACUUCUAAACUGAUAUGGGAGCUAUGUUUGAAACCGAUGUGGGGGAUGCCGGUGGACGAGGCGGUAGCGGAAGAGAACGAGAAGAAGCUGGAGGAUGUGUUGGACAUCUACGAAUCACGGCUGUCGGAGAGUAAAUACUUGGGCGGAGAUGGGUUCACGUUGGCGGAUCUCCACCACCUCCCUAACCUCAAGUAUUUGAUGGGAACAAAGGUGAAGAAGGUGUUUGACGCGCGGCCGCAUGUCAGCGCGUGGGCUUCGGAGAUCCUUUCGAGGCCUGCUUGGGUGAAAGCGACGGCCACCGUGGCYUGAAUGUGAUUCCGAUAAGAAUGCCACGCCAUGUGUCUUGGGAGUAAUUUUCAUGUUGCGUUUUAAUAAAAUAAUAAAUAAAUAAAAAGUUUGUGGUGUCUUUAUUUUCA